GGGGCGGGCGAAGGAAGCGGGACCCCACACGGGGUGGGGGGGUCACUGGGCUCCUCAGCUCGCUGCGCCCCGCCCCCAAUGACUAGUGAAAUGAACGACUCGCUCCGGUCCGGGCGCGGGUAGCUGGGCGGACACGCUGCUCCCUCGCCCCAGCCCGGUCUAGUGCGGGGCUCCCACCGCAGUGCCCCGGCCGAACCCCAGCCGCGUUCCCUGCAUCGCCUCGCUACCCAUCCCGCGUGAACCGCAGAUACGCGAGGCCCGGGACUUUUAACUUGGGGGGGUCCCGACGCCUCCGAGGCUGGGACAAGAGUGUAAAAGAAAAUGCACUUGGCUGCAUAAACAACGUACCUGCUAUCAAUCAGUUAUUUACUGGUCUGAAUGGGAAAGGGUUUCCCCAUUUGGAUGAUAGAAAAGAUGUUUGAUAUCAAAGCGUGGGCUGAAUAUGUUGUGGAAUGGGCUGCAAAGGACCCAUAUGGCUUUCUCACCACUGUGAUCUUGGCCCUUACACCAUUGUUCCUAGCAAGUGCAGUGCUAUCAUGGAAACUGGCAAAAAUGAUUGAAGCCAGGGAGCGAGAGCAAAAGAAGAAACAGAAACGCCAGGAAAAUAUUGCAAAAGCCAAACGAACAAAGAGGGAUUAAGUGAGGCAAAAUGCCAUCCUUUUGCAAAAAAGAGCUUUUGUUGAAGCAUUCUUGUACACCUGUAUCUUUGUGUGGUGUUGUUUUCAUCCAACAAUCUUCUUGAACUGACAUUUCAACCCCUGAAAUUAUUCAUGUUCUGCUUAAACAGUUUGUGUUGAUAUCUCGGUCUAAUCUGCAGUGGCAUUUGAUGUGUGUAUUUCAACCAGAUAUCACUUUCCAGCGAGUUUACUUUUGUAUGUUUACAUGCCAUACACUAAAAUGAAUGCAUUGGAGGGGGGGGGCUUGGUUUUUUAAAUUGGAACUGCUUUAGGAAUUGUUCAAACAUGUCAAUAUUAAAUUAAGGAAGAAAAAAUUAAAAUGUCUGACUUUCUAAAAAUACUGCAGUCUUUGGUUUUCUAGAAGCGUAGGCACUUUGUUUUUAUACAGCCUUUUUUCUAUUGUUGAUUUGUCUUCAUUAUAGUA